GUUGAUCUGGAGCGUUUGCCUUGAUCAGGGCGAACACCUGAGCUUUCCGUUUUGGUCCACCUAUGUGCACUACCUUUCCUUGACUCCGUAGGGUGGGAACAUUCAGCUUACAGGCAUAUACUUCGCGCAGCCAUGGUUCGACCUUCUCUGUUGUACAUCACAAUCCUGGCCUUGGCGCCAUUUGUCGCCAGGGCCAGCGAGGUAACACCGGUUAUUUCGGACGAGCGCGUCGUCUUUCAGACUGAAUACGGUGACAUUACGUUUGGGUUCUGGCCUGAGGUUGCCCCUGUGACAUGCGAGCACAUCUUCAAGCUCGUGCGCCUUGGAUGUUUUACAAGUAACCAUUUCUUCCGCGUGGACAAGGGGUUUGUUGCCCAAACCUCUGACGUGGUUGGCGGUCGCUCGGUGCCGAUGAAUGCGGAGCAGCAAGAAGAGGCGAGCAAGACUGUCCCGCUGGAGGUAGUGGAGGGCGUGAAGCACCAUGCCGGCGUGCUGUCCAUGGGUCGCUACGACGACCCCAACUCCGGCGCCUCUAGCUUCAGCAUCCUGCUGGGUGACGCGCCGCACUUGGACAUGCAGUACACCGCCUUCGCCAAGGUGACGGAGGGCAUGGAGACUCUGCGGAAGCUGGAGGAGCUUCCCACGCGGCGUGAGGGCAUCUUUGUGAUGCCGCUGAAGCGCAUCACCAUCACGGCCACCUACUGGUACCGGGUCAACCACCCGCAGCCGUCGCUUACGCUGCCUGGCACCAAGGUCUGUGAGGAUGCCCUCAGCGAGCUGACUGUCCGCUUCCGCAGCCAAGGAGAGGAGCUGCAGCGUGUGCGCAAGAAGUGCCUGCCUGCGUGAAGCGCUUGAACGAAAGGGCGUCGGCUGUAAACCCAUGGGCUAGGCUGUCACAUUAGCUAUGUUGUUGACGUUGGAAAUGCACGUUUGCGCCCCACAUCCAUGCGACGGAUACUGGUGGACCAGCUAAGAUCACCAAUAGCUUUCAUGUAACACCAAACACCCUGCACUGCUUGGGUUUAUCCCCAACGGGAAGGGAGACUGUCUCGCGGUUGUGCUCAUACCAGGUUCACGGACCUGAGACAUACCCGCCACAAGCCGUGCCCUCCAACGGGUUCCAACAGGGGUCGACUAACAGCGACUUAAUUGACUGCCACGACGACCGCAACAGUAGUCCCCGCAAAACUGGGAUUGCCGUCCAGCUGAAGUUUAGCGGAGGUUGCAGGCCCCAUCACAAUCAGAUAGACGCAAGUGCCCUCCGCACGUGCAGCAGGCGAAAAUCCUGGCAUCAGUCCCGCGGUGGCGGGACCGCAUACAGCGGCCACGCAAACAUAAGCCGCACGCUACCCUGCCAUGAGCUACCCACUCCCGUGCAUCCAAGCACGGGCGUACAAGUCAUAAACCUCGCCUACUGUGGUCAGCGGUUCCACCCCAAAGUCCGCCAUAAAACCUUCAGUACACCAUUUCCGAGCAAAGCAAACCGACAGACUGCUUUCCACGCUCCGCACACGCACACCAUAGUAGUGAGGUUACCCUGACCCUUUCAAUGCAAGCUCCACCCCACAAUUGCCAAAAGCGUAAAGCGCCAUGCACAGGCACAUAAGAAGGGUAGGGAGCCAGUACAAGCACACUGCACCGACGCUCCAAGGUUCGCUCCCAACCCCAGAUAGCCCCUAACACCCCCAAACUCUCACAUGCCACUGCACUAAAGGUCCUACGCUAAUAAUCCCAGGCCAAGUUCCUCGAGACCAACCCGUAACCCAUCACGCACUGCGGCGCGAGUGUUGGUCCAGCAAACACAGAUGCUGCCAAAGCGCCCUUGUCAUCACAACUCCUAGGCUAAGGCGCCCGCUACAAGCCCGCAGGUAAGUCUUGUUAACAUAACGCCGGCUGCUACAGCUUUUCCCACUAUCGGCCGAUGCCUCGGUCUACAAAGAGGCGGUGCAUGGGGUGUC